CGAGAACUCUCCUGUACUCUCUCAGAACCAUCUCAACUGCGACACUGUUACGAUCCUAUGCCUCGAACAUCGCAUUCUCCACCCAGACGACAUGAAGGAAGAUCUUCUAGAAACCAUAACAGGGAUGAUUAUACUGGCAACCGUUCUCGCGGUCGACGAGACUACGAUAACGGGAACUCCGGAUCUUCUUACAGACGCGAAGAACAGCUAUAUGGAUACAGAGAAGAGGACAGGGUGCGCGAAAGACGACGUGAUAGAGAACGUUAUGACCGAGGGCGGGAUGGAGACAGGGAGAGGGAGAGACGUUCUGCAUCCCCCCGUUCAUCCAGAAAGCCCCGCUCCUCUCGUUCUCGAUCAAGAUCUCCAGUGAACAAGGCCAAACCAAAUUUUGCUCCAUCUGGUUUACUUGCCGCAGAAACCAAUACUGUGAAGAGUGUGGAUGGGAAGAAUAGCACGGUGCUGAAAUAUAACGAGCCUCCAGAGGCAAGAAAACCUGUGUUAGGAUGGAGGCUGUAUGUUUUUAAGGGUUCGGAACAAGUUGAACUGCUUCACAUUCACCGUCAAAGCGCAUACCUAAUUGGGCGAGACCACUUGGUUGCGGAUAUUCCUAUCGACCACCCCUCCUGUUCUAAGCAACAUGCAGCGAUACAAUAUCGUUUUAUGCAAGAAAAGGACGAGUUUGGAGUCUCAAAGAGUGUUGUCAAACCGUUCAUAAUAGAUCUCGACUCGACAAAUGGGACUCAUGUAAAUGACGCAGCCAUCCCUAAAUCACGCUACUAUGAGCUGAAGGCUGGUGACGUCAUCAAGUUUGGCCAGUCUGCUCGAGAAUACGUCUUUCUGCAUGACGAGGCCUCUUAACAUUCAUCACCCUUUGUCAUUCCUGAUGCAUGAACAGGUGUACUAGUAUUCAGGGAUGGGACUUGUCGCCGAUCGGUUGUUCUUGGUGUUUCCAUUAGAGUAGCACUUUUUCAGCCCUGUGACUCCCUUCAGCCCUGUGUGUCGUGAUAUCCAUGAUUAUCUGUAAUCCGACCAGAUACCACAUCGGUGCACCUCUUUCUUUUUCUUUCAUGCACCUUAGCCUCAUGUCAGCCUCGUUGUUGAGCC